AUGCUGUCGAUCACAGUAUUUUCCUGGUGAUCUAACAAAGCAGACGUACAAGUUCGAGAGUGCGGUAGAAAAAACGCGUGGCGAUCGCAUAUAUUUGAGACUACAAAAGUGUAACGGUACACAAUAGUGUUUAAGCCGCGAUUGUGAAAGGAAGUGUAUAGUGAAGCGGAAGAAAAGUGCAUAAAAGGAAGUGAAACAAAAAAUAAAAAAAAAAAAAUAUUAAAUUAAAUACAACAAAAACAAACAGUGCAAAAUAUUAUUAAAAAAAUGGCUACCAAUGGCAAGCGCGUUUGUGUAAUAGGCGCUGGUACAGCAGGACUAUGCGCUCUGAAGAAUUCACUGCAGCAGGGCAUGGACGCAACCGCCUAUGAGCAAUGCAGUGAGAUCGGUGGCACCUGGGUAUACACAAAACCGGGUGAGAGUGAUGUGCAUAGCAGCAUGUACGAGGGUUUACGCACAAAUCUACCGAAAGAGGUUAUGGGUUACCCAGAUUACGCAUAUCCCAAGGAAAUCGAACAAUCCUUCGUACCAUCCGCGGAGGUGCUGAAAUUCCUGCAGUCAUAUGCGCAGCACUUCGAUCUGUCCAAAUACAUUAAGCUGCAACAUGAGAUCAUACGUGUGCGUCCUUUGAACGAAAAAUGGGAGAUCUACAUACGCGACAUCAAGAACGACACAUUCUUCAAAGAAAUCUUUGAUUAUGUUUUCGUUUGUAACGGACAUUAUAGCAUGCCACUGAUGCCAGAAAUCGAGGGCAUUGAUAGUUAUAAGGGUAAAAAGCUGCACAGCCAUUGGUAUCGGAAACCAGAUACAUUUGAAGGUACCACUGUGCUGGUGAUCGGCGCCGGGCCUAGUGGCAUGGAUAUUACGAAUCACAUCAGCAAAUUCGCCAAGCAUAUCUAUCUCAGUCACAAUUUGGACCCAGCACCGUGCACCGAUUUCAUGCCGAACGUUACACAGAAGACAGUUGUGCGCCGUUUCACCGAAGAUGGUGCCGUCUUCAGGGAUGACACCAGCGAAACCUUCGAUCACAUAAUCUUCUGCACUGGCUACAAGUACACGUUCCCCUUCCUCAGCAUCGAUGUUUCAUUGCGCGUCGACGACAACUUCGUGCAUCCGCUUUACAAGCAUUGCAUCAAUAUACAUUAUCCCACAAUGGCAUUGAUUGGUUUGCCCUUCUACGUGUGUCCAUCGCAAUCGUUCGAUUUGCAAGUGCGUUUCGCGUUGGCAUUCUUCACCAAGAAACGUGAAUUUCCAAGCCGCGAGGAGAUGUUCGCCGAUUUGGAGAAGGAUAAGGAGCAGCGACGCAAGAAGGGCCUGACCAAUCGGCUGGCGCAUGCGAUGGGCGAUAAGCAGUACGACUACUACCAAGAUCUCUCCGAAACGGCCGGCAUUGAAAACAUCAAACCGGUUAUCAAUAAAAUUAUGGAAGAUUGCAGUCGAAAAUACAUUUACGAGCUGGCCACAUAUCGCAAUGAUCGUUUCAAGGUGCUCGACGAUGAAACCUUCGUGAAAUUUCCCAUGCAAUCGGCUUGAAAUUAAAAUCAUCUUUGUGCUACUUCUACUACAUGCUGGUUGGGUGCUUCUUGGGGGUUACGGUUACGGGUUCAAUGUGCUUACUAUAUAUUUUACGUAUAUAUUUAAAUAUCAUUAUGUGUAUGCUAUAACUUUAAUAUUAAAAUGUAAAUAAAAUAAAUUCAUUAACAACUCCA